CGGGUUACCAUAGCAACGGUGAAGGUAUCGCUACAAAAAAAAAAAGGCCCCAAGCAACGAAUGCAAAAGUAAUUGUGUUUACUUUGUAGUUCAGCCAGCUAAACGUUGCAGCCCGAAACAGAGAGUGUGAGAAGAUAGCCGCGCAUACAAGCAACUUAGAGGGUAAAGAGGAUUCAUACGCAUGAGGCAGCAGAGCCCGGUGAUGCAGAAGGUCUUUCCUCACGGGAAGGAGGGUGAUGCUGUGAGCUGCAGCACUGACACCUCUAGGUGGUCCAGUCCCUCCAGAUCAGAUGACUCUUAUAUUCCACAAUACACAUUUGAGUGUGAGGACAAAGCAGAUGCCAGCCCAUCAGUCAAGUGGCAAUCUGGAAGAAAGCCGGGCGUUUUGUUUGGUAAGAAAGCCCAAGGCGUGCACACGCAGAAGACAGACACCACUAGAAACCACCAUGUGGUUAAGUUGCCUCCAAUCAAGUCCCCGCAGAUUUCAAAGUCACGCAUGCAGUCUGCCAGCUUGAACCGCAUCAGGGAGCUGGAGAGCGAGGUGUGUAGUCUGCAGCAGCAGCUGUGUGAGUCCAGGACUGAGAACAAACUGCUUAAGAGAGUGCAGCAUCGCCACACGAUGGCACUGCAGUACUACCAAGACUCAAAGGACAGCAUUUCACAGAUUGUUACCAAGCACAAAAACGAGGCCAGAGCCCUGCAGAAGUUGCUCCGUAACACCCGCACCUGCCGUGACAACUUAGCCAGGCAGCUGCAGGCCACAGAAGACAAACUGCUGCACACAAAGGAAAUUCUCCAGCAACUGCAGCUGCUCAUCCAGGACCAGAGCCUGCAGGAGCGGGAGGAGCUCACCCUGAGGCUGGCCAAGGCCUCUGCAGAGGUGGAGGAGAAGGACAAGAAGAUACUGGACAUGGAGAAGAAUCUUGAAUUGUGCCAAGCUUCAUUCAAACGGCAAAUAGUCACCGAGCAAAGAAAAAUCAAAGAGGCGAGAAAGAUCUCCAGCUAUCUACAAGGGCAAAUAGAUCAGCUAACUAAAGAACUUGUGGGCAGAGAGCGGGAAAUGGAAAAACAUAACAUUUACUUCCAUCGAUUCCUGAAAGGGUUGAGCAAUAGAGGCAGGGAAAACAAGAUGGUUCAAACAGAUGGAUUAGUCCCACUCCCCGCUGAUGGCGCAAGUGUUUUGGAGAAUGAAUAUUCAGAGCCUGUUCAGAGACUGGAGCAGCAGGAGAGCUCUGUGACCGAGAAAUCAGCGGGAAGAAUAGCAGUUCAGCCAAAAGCCAAGAAACCCAAAAUGAAGAAGGCAUCAGAAUCCACGAGUGUGUUCGAUGCAAGUGAACCCACAGUAAAAGAUUUGUUCUCAGACACCUGUUCAGAUGAGAGCCCAGAAAACAAAAAUAAUGGAGACUGUGUGAAAGAGAAGAAGGCAUCAGAAGCCCUACACGUGUUUGAAGAGAAACAGGAGGCAGAGCAUGAACGCAUGAGGGUUUUCAUUUUAGAGCAGUCCCUGAAUCCAGCUGCACCUGAGAAAAGAAUUCAGGUUCCCCGGAUUUAGACACCACAGCUUUAUACAGAUCACGGGGAACCUGCACAAUGGAAAGCCAGCCUACAGCAGUGUGGACUUAAGCCCACGUGAAAGCUCCAAGGUGGAGAGCCUCAGUAGAAUUUCUGGCCUUCUUAUACCAGAUGGUAAAAGGGAGGGAGGUGGAGCACACAGCUCUCAGUCUGAAUAAA